UUUAUAACACUGUCUACAUUUAGCGGCAUGCAUUUCUUGUUUUACUCUCAUAUUAUAAUAAUCAAAUGGUUUUGACGCUCUUGCGAUAUUCCCAGUUAGACAGUAAUGAGCGACAUUGAGAUCAAUGAUCCAGCUGAAAACUUUCCCAAAUACUGUGACUUCUUCAAAUAUUUACUAGUUGAAGAGUUAGUGCUGGAGCCCGAUUACCGGCAGAUUCACUACGGAAAAUGCGCAGUUAUUGGACGCUUAUGUGCCAUUCCAGAUUAUUUUAAACUGGAAAACGUGACAGUUCCUCAUCUACCAAGUGCUUACAGGUUGCCAACUGGUGCCGUGUCUCUGCUUCUAUUGAACUUCAGCUACGACAACAGUUGUACUGAAAGUCUGGCUAACGGAGCGUACUGUAUUAUGCGUGGCGAGGUUGUGCUAUGCAACGUGCAGAAGCCGAAUAGUCCCACCCUGACAACUCGAGGCUUACACGAGCAAUUGCUUCAACUGGAGGACAACGACACAGUGAGGUCCACAUUCUUGGAAAAGGUGCAGAAAACUCAUAAGCCCGCGCUAAGCGUAUGGCACUCAAGUCGUAUUGAUCAAGCCGAGGAGUUAAUCCAACGUCGGCUUGAGAUUCGUUUGCUGUGCAAUUAGAAGUACAUCUAAAAG